AUAAAUAAGAUGUAUAUAUUCACUUAUACUUGGUGCCAUGUUCAUUGUUUCAGAAAAUCAGUCGUGAAAAGGUAGUGUGGUUUGAUCGACGUGACAGGCAGACAGACGCAACAUGCAAGAUAUGAAUGGCAAAGGAAAAUCCAAAUUUCGUGAUGGAGAUCCAAUCACUCGAGAAGAUGUUGAAUAUGUUGUAAAAGUGGCGUGUGAUUCUGAUUUCAAAAUUGUUAAUUAUCAUCUACGAACUUUGUCAGCUGAAAAACUUGGAUUUUUGGGAGCUCAUCGUCAAUUGAUUAUUGAAAUAUUACAAGAAAAUGGAUGCACAGUCCGAACGCAAUCAUAUUUUGUGAAAUCCAUUCCUUACGGCAUCGAAUCGCAGGUAUCUAUCAUUGAAGGAUGUAGAGCUUUCUAUAAAGAAAUUCAUUUCUACGAAAAAAUCCUGCCAGAGCUGAUGAAUAGCUUAAAGGAUAAAUCAUGGAUAGCGCAAUGUUUUUUGAUAAAAAAAGACGCCAUGGUGUUCGAAGAUCUGAAAUUGAAAAACUUUACGCUCAAAGGAAAGCUACUAGAUGUUUCAGAUUUGAAAGCAGCUUUGAGUGCUUUCGCAAAAUUACACGCCUCGUCCAUGCUGGUUGAAAAGCGCCUGGGUAAAACAUUUCUUGAGUUGUACCCUCGAGUGGUGGAAGAGAAUAUCUUUUCACGUUCAAGCGUAUUUCGCGAUUGGUUCGAAAGUGGCGUUAGCGCUGCGUCGACCAUCGCACAGCACCUCGGAUUAGAUGGUUCCACGAUUCGUCAGGUGUGCGAUCGUAUUUUCGAUAAGAUUUCAAUUUCGGCAAACAGAAAAAACGUUCUUUGCCACGGCGAUCCUAAAUCGUACAAUCUUAUGUUUGACGAUUCACAAAAAUGUGUUCUUGUUGACUUUCAAUUAGUUCGAUACGCACCUGUGAGCGUCGAUAUUCUUCAGUUGUUGUACAUCAAUACCGUGAGAGAUCUUAGAAAUAAAUAUGAAUUAGAUUUAUUGAAGCAUUACCAUCGAGAACUAUGUACAAUUUUGAAAUCAAGAGACGAAAAAUUCCCACUGCCUAAGUACGACGAGCUUCUAGAGGAGUUUGAAGAGUUGAGGGUCGUUGGAGUCGUGACUAAUUUGUUAUACACUCCUUCCAAUAUGAUGGAGGGAAAGGAAUGCGCUAAAAUGACGGAAGAUUCGGAAGGAUUUUCCAAAUUGUUGUUCAGUGAUAGAUCCCAAAUGAUUUUGGAUAUGAUGGAACGAGACUCUAAUUACAGGGAUUUGAUAAUUGAAGGAAUCGAAGAAAUUAUUGAGAGAUCGGAUCAACUAUUGAAAUUAUAAUUACAGUUAUAAUUUCACUG